AUGUCUUUGGCUUUAGAUUUGGAAAAGUCCAACCAUCUUCCAGACUCAAACAGCCCUGAAGAAUGGGAGAGAAACCAGUAUGAGAUUAGUUUUGGCGAAGGAGAAGAUCCAAAAUGUUUUAGUCCCCUCUACAAGGCGUUUAUAACAUGGGAAAUGAGCAUGCUUGCGUUCGUUGGUUCUCUGGGUUCAUCCAUCAUGUCGCCAGCACAAGCAGAUUUGGCGGUUUAUCUCAAGAUAAGUGAGCAAGCUACAGUGCUGAGCCUGUCGCUCUUUGUUCUAGGAUACGCAUUUGGCCCGCUUAUUUGGGCACCGAUAAGUGAAAUCUAUGGUCGACGAUGGUCCAUGCUACCAGCCGUUUUUGGGCUAGUCAUUUUGAGCGUUGGAACUGCUGUGAGCAAGGACCCGGCCGGUAUAUUCAUUACGCGCUUCAUUGGGGGCGUUUUCGGCUCUGCGCCCAUCAGCAAUGUGUCUGCGGCACUCGGUGAUAUUUACGAUGCACGCGUGAGAGGAGUACCUAUGUCCUUUUAUGCACUUUGUGUAAUUGGGGGACCGACUAUUGCGCCACUAGUCGGCGCGGCUCUAACAGUAAAUCAUCAUCUUGGAUGGCGAUGGACCGAGUAUAUGGAAGCUAUCAUAGCUUUUAGCGUCUUUAUUGUUGCGGUUUUCUUUUUGCCUGAAACAUAUGCCCCGGUACUUCUCCGAAGAAAAGCCCAAUUGACGCGAAACAAGACCGGCGAUCUCCGUUAUUGGCAUGCAUCCGAGAGAUCUAAAAUGGGAUUGAAAGCGAUUGUUACGAAACAAUUAAGUCGUCCUUUGAAGUAG